AAGGACGACGCUGGGGUCCAGCAAAGCGCCGGAGCGCUCGGUGGCAAGAUCGUUGGCCUGUACUUCUCCGCAAGCUGGUGCCCCCCAUGCUGCAAGUUCUCGCCGGAGCUUUCCAAGCUUCGCGCGGCGCACAGCGCCGAUUUUGCCGUGGUCUUUGUCAGCUGCGACCGAAGCGAGGCCGAGAUGAAGAGCUUUAUCGCAAAAGGGUUCUUGCAUAUCCCGUUCCAUAGCGCGGCGCGGCGAGCAAUCCAGGAAAAGCUGGGCGUCAGCAUGCUGCCAACACUCGUCAUCGUCGACGCCACGAGCGGCAAAGUGCUCACCGACUGGGGCCGAGCGGCUGUGACGAGAAAUCCGAAAGGCUGCGUGAAGUCUUGGAAGGCA